UCAACAGGUCUGCACCCACCUAGGACCUGUCCAUCCUCCUCUGGCUUGGUUUCGCCUCUUCUGCACUGUAUCUGUGUUAUUGACUGAGAUUGUGCUUGGGUAGGAAUCUUAUUGGUGCCAGAUUGGUGGUUUAUCCCUGCUAUUCACUCUAUCUCUUGGAUCAUCCAAAGAUCAGUGUGUGAAGAUACAGUACUUUGGCAGAUCUAUUGUUGAGACUGAGGCUUUGGUAGGCAUUCUUAAUUGAGCCUUCUCUCUCUCUGAUUUUUACCAUGACUGGGGCAGAAGUUGAGACUGGGUCUCAGGCCAAACCUGAUAAGAAGCCUCAGGAAGAGGUUAUGGGUGGGGCUGAUCGAGAAAGUGAAGUCCCUAUGGUGGUCAGACCCAAAGUCAGGCCCCAGGCUCCCGCAACAAGUGGAGCACGGCCCAAAACUGAAUCGAAAUCUUCAUCUCGGGCAAGGCCUAAAACUGAGCCCCAUUCAGGGUCUGGAACAAGACCUAAAAAUGGUGCCCAGGCACUGCCUGGAGCAAGACCUAGAUCUGAGGCCCAGGUAAUGACUGGGGCCAGGCCCAAAACUGAUACCAGGGCAGUAGGUGGUGCUCGCCCUAAGACUGAGGCCAAGCCAAUCCCGGGAGCAAGGCCUAAGGAUGGCCAAGCAUGGGCCCAGAGAGAGGCAAUGUCACGGGCUGGGAGAGCACCAUUAUCUAAUGCUGUCACAUGGCCAUUGGUCAAUGCUGAGUCUGACUCUUCAUCAGUUACUAAAUCUAAGAGUCUGUCCAUGGAUAGAGAACUGGUCAAUAUGAACAGGGAAUCCUUUCCUGGGACCCAGGGUCAGGCUGGAAUCCAGCCCUGGUUUGGACCAGGAGAGGGGGCUAAUUCGGGUUCUUGGUGCUAUCCCAGGCCCAGAGCCAGGGAGGAGACUUCUAAUGAGUCUGGGUUUUGGUCAGCAGAUGAAACCUCUACAAUGUCUUCUUUCUGGACUGGAGAGGAGACCAAUAUCAGAUCAUGGCCAAGGGAAGAGGCAAAUACUAGGUCCAGGCACAGGGCUAAACAUCAGACUAAUGCCAGGUCCAGGCCCAGGUCCAAACAAGAGCCCUAUAUUGAUUCUUGGUCUGGGUCUGAGGAUGAGGCGGGGAACCCAUUCUGCUUUUGGGCUGGAGAAAACACCAAUGACUUGUUUAGGCCCAGAGGCAGGGAAGAGGCAAACGUGAGACCUAAGAUCAGGACAAAGAGGGAGGACUAUUUUGAAUCUGAAUCUGAAGAUGAGUUCUAUAAAGAGUCCUGGUUUUUGCCUGGGGAAGAAGCUAAUAGAUUCAGGCGCAGAGACAAGGAAGAGUCUAAUAACAUCUUAAAAAACAGGAACCAAAACGAUGUUGAAAACAGUGACAGGGCCAAACAAGAAUCCAGGUUUGAGGAGGAAGUGAUUAUUGGGUCCUGGUUCUGGGCAGAACAAGAGACUGGUUUGGAGGCUGGAGCUUCAGCAAUCUGUGAAUCUGAACCAGGGGCUGAAGAGGGAGCCAUUGGUGGAUCUUUGUUCUGGACCGAAGAAAAGCCCACUUUGGGGGCUGCGGCCAGAGAUGAGGUCAGGCCCGAGCCUGAAGAAGAGGCCAUAUUUGGGUCCUGGUUCUGGGAUAGAGAUGAGGCCUGCUUUGACCUAAAUCCCACCCCUGUGUACAAGGCUAAGAGCAGGUUCAGAAAUUCAGCUGAGGAGCUUAAUGUAGCAUCUAGGCCCAAAACCUGGGAUGAAGUUACUGUUGAAUUCAAACCUGGUAUUUGCCGUGGGCUUGGCUUCCCCUUUAGAAUCCCGGAAGGGGAUUCUGAAAACACUGAGGCAAAAGCCAAGAAUGCGGAGCUUGGUGCAGAAGGGGAAGAGCAGGAAUCUGGGCCUCAGCCUGAUCUGCCUGAACCCGAGUUCCCAUUUCAGUAUGAUCCCUCUUACCGAUCAGUCCAGGAAAUAAGAGCACAUCUUAAGGCCAAGGAAAGUGCAGACCCUGCAAAUUGGUCUUGCACCUGCAUCCAGUGUGAGCUUAAAAUUGGCUCUGCAGAGUUUGAAGAGCUCCUUCUGCUAAUGGACAAAAUUCGUGAUCCUUUUAUCCACGAAAUAUCUAAAAUUGCAAUGGGUAUGAGAACUGCUUCUCAGUUUACCCGAGAUUUCAUUCGAGAUUCUGGUGUGGUCUCACUUAUUGAAACCCUGAUGAAUUAUCCUUCCUCCCGAGUUAGGACUAACUUUUUGGAGAAUAUGAUCCACAUGGCUCCACCUUAUCCGAAUCUAAACAUGAUUGAGACAUUUAUAUGCCAAGUGUGUGAGGAAACCCUUGCACAUGGUGUGAAUUCGCUUGAGCAGCUAACUGGAAUAAGGAUGCUUAGACACCUCACUAUAACUACUGAUUAUCACACACUGAUUGCCAAUUAUGUGUCUGGGUUUCUCAACUUACUGACCACAGGCAAUGCAAGAACAAAGUUUCAUGUUCUGAAAAUGCUGUUGAACUUGUCUGAGAAUCCUAUGGUGGCAAAGAAACUAUUCAGUGCCAAAGCUCUGUCAAUAUUUGUGGGUCUCUUCAACAUAGAGGAGACAAACGAUAACAUUCAGAUUGUUAUCAAAAUGUUUCAGAAUAUCAGUAAUAUUGUAAAAAGUGGAGCAAUGUCUUUAAUCGAUGACGAUUUCAGUCUUGAGCCGCUUGUUUCUGCAUUCCAUGAGUUUGAAGAGCUGGCUAAACGGCUGCAAAUCCAAAUAGACAAUCAAAAUGAUCCCGAGGAGGGACAGUGAAGGCAGUGUGAUUAAUCACCUGCCACUGAUCGGCCUUAUGUUCCCAAAGAGCCCCAAAUAGUGCUUCGGUGUUCCCAGUCUGGUUCUGUGUUGUAACUUAUAUUUUUAGUGCUAAUGUUAAACUUGUCAAACUCUUGUUGUGAGCUGCAUCAUUUGUGGAUGCCAAAAUGAAUAUCAGAACUGAAAACACAUUUGUUGCUAUUUGUCUUACUGUCCAGAUUGUGGUAUUUUUAGUGUUGAGCUCCCAGUGAACCAAGUCAUAUGAGUAAGCUAUCCUGCUAUGUGUUCUUUAAACAUGUGGUUCUCUACUUGAGUCUGUGUUUUCAAUAAAGUUCAAUGUUGAAAUUGC